AUGGCGGGCAACAAACCAGGAAAGCCCAAAAGUAAGCGUGUGCCCGUGCGGCUGCGGCAUAAAAUCGAGAAGGCUUCAGCAGCAAAGCAAAAAAAGGCCCGCAAGCUCGGGAAACAGAAUCCAGAAUGGCGGUCGAAAGUAAAGAAGGACCCUGGAAUCCCCAAUUUGUUCCCAUACAAGGAUAAGAUCUUAGCGGAAAUUGAGGAAGGCAGGAGGAGAAAGCUUGAAGAUGCUGCGAAGAGGAGGGCGGAUGCUAAGGCUACGAAGACGGGAGAGCAAGUUGAGCGAGAGGUCGAGGCUAGGAUGGAGGGAGUAGAUGAGGAGGAUAUUUUGAAUAUGGAUAUGGAUAUGGAUGAGGAUGAUGAUGAUUCCAAUCCUAUGGCAGCCUUGCUUGCGAGUGCAAGGGCCGCAGCAGCAGAAUACGAUGGAGAAUCUGAGAGCGGAGACGAGAUGGACGAGGACGAUGUAUCAGAGUCAGGCUCAGAAGAUGGCGGGGCCGAGCUCUCAGGCCUACCGACCAAGAAAGACGGUUCUCGCAAAGCAUUCGACAAAGUCUUCAAGCAAGUAGUCGACCAAGCGGACGUCGUCCUGUAUGUCCUCGACGCCCGCGACCCCGAAGGCACCCGCUCCAAGGAAGUCGAGCGGAUGGUCAUGGCCGCAGCAAGCGGCGGCAAACGACUGAUUCUCAUCCUCAACAAGAUUGAUCUCGUCCCAGCGCCUGUCCUCAAAGCAUGGCUCAUCCACCUCCGCCGUUACUUCCCCACCAUCCCCCUCCGCGCCUCUGGUCCCGCACCCAACGCACACACCUUCAACCACCGGCAGCUAACCGUCCAAAGCACAUCCGCAACCCUCUUCAAGGCAUUGAAGUCCUUUGCUGCCUCCAAGCAGCUCAAGCGUGCCAUCUCCGUCGGCGUAAUCGGCUACCCCAAUGUUGGAAAAUCCUCCGUCAUCAACGCCCUGACAUCUCGACUUGGCGGUGCUGGUGCAGCAUGUCCAGUAGGCGCUGAAGCGGGCGUGACGACGUCUCUCCGUGAGGUGAAAAUCGAUAGCAAGCUGAAGCUGCUCGAUUCGCCGGGUAUCGUAUUCCCAUCCUCAGGCGGCGAGGGGAGCUCCAAAGCUUCCAAAAUCGAGGAACAAGCCCGUCUCAUUCUGCUCAAUGCCAUUCCCCCAAAACAAAUCGAGGAUUCGGUUCCAGCCGUCAAUUUACUCCUCAAACGCCUUUCGGCAUCUGAGGAUAUGCUCAACAAGCUUAUGGACGUGUAUGGGCUACCCCCUCUGAUGAUCAGCAACGGGGAUUCUACCACCGAUUUCCUAGUGCAGGUUGCACGGAAACGAGGCCGAUUAGGUAAAGGCGGCGUGCCCAAUAUUGCGAGUGCCGCCACGACCGUCAUCACUGAUUGGAGAGAUGGGAGGAUUCAAGGGUGGAUGGACGCGCCUGUGUUGGCUGUUGCUGGUAAUGGAGAUAAGAAGCUAGCGAAUGGGGCGGUGGGUGAUCAGAAGGAGGUUGUUACAGAAUGGGCGGCUGAGUUCAAACUCGAGGGCUUGUGGGGUGAUGGGAAGAAUGAUGUGCUCGCUGGAGAUGAGAAGAUGGAAGAGUAA